GUUAAUGACCGAAACCGCUUAGACCGUGAGGUUCUAUUAGCUCACGUAACAGGCGUAAACCGUGUACUUUUUACGUAUCCAUGGCUUUACGAUGGUGGUAUGCACUAUUACCCGUCAAUACGUUUUGCAGCUAAUGUUAUUGAAGAUAAUCACCAAUUAAAAUUAUGCAUGCGAAAUAUUACGGAUCGUAGAACAGGUCGAUGGGAUCUUUAUGUGGUCUCGGAAAUUUAUGAACGUUAUGGACAAUUUCGUCGUGGUGCAGUUUGGGCUAAAAUUGUGGUACCAAAUAUUCCAGUUCAAAAUGGUGUAGUGCACAUAAUUGAUAAUGUUCUUGGUAUUGUCACUAAUACUAUUGAUCAGCUUAUUAGGGAAAAUAAUCAAUGUACAACUUUAAUACGGUAUAUCAAUAAUAUUGGACAAACAGUUCGCAGUUAUAUUUCGGCAACUGGUACAAUGGUAACAUUUUUUGCACCGUACAAUGAAGCAUUUGAACGAAUUCCCGAAUAUAUUGAAAGAAGACUUUUGAGAGAUCGAACUUGGCUUGAAAGAAUUCUUAGGCUUCACAUUGUUGUCAACAAAGAAUUGACUAGCAAUGAGAUCACUAAUGAGACUGUUGUAAACUCCGUUGACAGUAUUCGCCAACUGUAUUUUGCGCGCGGAGAGUGGCCUAGAAAUAAUAUUAGCAAAAAAUUACUCCUUAUUAUAGCUUACUGUGUUAUUGGUGGUGGUAUUCGAGCAACGAUUUUGGUAGAUAAUGUCGCUGCAGUUAAUGGUAUUGUACAUUACAUUGAUCGUGUCCUUGGGGUACCGUAUCAAACGCUAUAUGAAAUUAUACGCAAUCAUUCAAAAUUACAAACAUCUUAUUCGAUGCUUCGUAAUAUUCAGCUGAAAUAUUCACUUGAUCCUUGGCAAGUCUUUACACCACAACAAAAUUUUACAUUUUUCAUCCCAACUGAUGAAGCCUGGAAUAAGGUGCCAACUUCGUUGAAAUACAAAAUGACAGAUGGUAUGCAUUGGUUAGCUUUACAGUAUGUCUUUAAACGACAUAUUAUUCAAGGUCUUGCAUUAAUGCACACUGACCUACGUGAACGUACUUACGUAAUGAUGAAUAAUGAGAAAGUAGUAAUACGCCGAAGAGGACGUUUUUUUGAGCUUUACUGGCCCAGAGGUCAUCGUGUCGCGCGCAUUCUAGAAGGUGGUGAAAUUGCAGGAAUAAACGGCUUCAUGCACAUGAUUGAUAAUGUGCUCAUCGACGAGCCAGAUUUGGAGGCCUUAGCUUCUCAUAAUUUAAAUUUUUUCAGUUUUUUGUUACCUCUAAUUCUAGUAUAUACUGUAUUUCAACAAUAA